AUGGGUCGUGCGAAAGUGAAGUUGGAACUCAUUGCAAAGGAAAGAUCUCGCAACACCACUUUCCAGAAAAGAAAGAAGGGUUUAAAGAAGAAAACCUAUGAGUUCUCCACACUUUGUGAUGUUGAUGCCUGCUUGAUCAUCUUUGGGCCUAAGCAAGGUAAUCGUUUGAUCGAACCAGAGACUUGGCCAGAGAACCGUGAAGAUGUUCUCAACAUCAUCGAACGGUUUAGAAAGAACUGUACAGCCACAGAGGGACGAGGGAAUCGACACAUAGGCAUUCCUGAAUUCUAUGAAGACCAAAUUAAGAAGCUUCGUAGAGAGUUGAUCGAGUUGCGGCAACACAAUAGCAAAACUCAGUACCCUACGUGGGACAACCGUCUAGACAAUCUCUCUGUGGACCAGCUCAAACACCUUGCUGCAUCGUUGGAUUCAAAGAUUGAAUUUGUGAAGGCUAUGAUUGAUCUUAAUGAAGGAAAUCACUAUGUCUUGGAUGAUGUCACAGGGUUGAUAGAAUACUCUGUCCCACCAAUGAAUCAAAACCCUCCUCCUCCUCUUCCUCUUCCUCAUCUUCCUUAUAGGGAUUCUUAUAAUAGGAGUACAAUGGAUGACAUGCAGAUACACAUGAACCCUCACCACCAGCCCUAUUGUGCUUUGGAUCAAUCUCUUGUGAUCAACGGUAUGGAUUGCAUGGGAAAUUACUAUGGUACAUCGAAUAGCAUUAUUCCUUAUCAUCCUACAACUGUCGUAGCUCCGAUGUCUAAUCAAAUCUGUUACAAUCCCAUGUUGCCAACGGUUGAUGAGAUGACCGUAAUCAACAAUACCGGAGGAGGACCGGUGAGGCCUUGCUACUUCACUCAUCCCUAUUUUGCACCGCCACUACAUCAGAUCAAUGAGUUUUUUGAUUUGCAGGAUUAUCACCAUGAUCUGGAUGAUAAACGGUCAUAG